AUGAAUAUCAUACCGCCCCCACAUCCUCUAAAUCUGACUGGGAAUGUCGACGAGGCGUGGAAGAAGUUUAAACAACGAUUCGAUCUGUAUAUUGAAGCCAUAGAAGCUCACAAGAAAUCAGACGAGCAUAUAAUCGCACUGCUUUUGACGGUCGCCGGGCCAGAGGUAAUUGAAAUUUUUAAUACCCUAACCUUCUCAGAGGAAGAGAAAGAAACUGUUUACACACAAAAGGAAACAGAAAAGGACAGAGAUCUUCUUUCUAAUGUAAUACAGAAAACACAUGAAACCAAAAAGAAUGAUUGGCUGAUACAGGCACAAGUAGAAGGCACAAAGAUCAAAUUCAAAUUGGAUACGGGUGCCCAAGUAAAUGUCUUACCCCUUAGUGAGUACAAAAAGCUAGUAAACAAGCCUCAAAUGAGGCAAACUAAGAUGACAAUAAGGUCAUACACUGGAGAGAAAAAAAGAGAAAAAGAUGAAGUGUUUUUUGUCAUAGUACUUCAAGAAUGUCAAGCAAUCUUAGGAUUAGAGACAUGUGAAAAGUUUAAACUAAUAACAAUGGUUAAUACUGUUAUCAAGGACCGUACCAUGGGAGAUAACAACUAUAGUGACAACAACGAUCACACAUUCAAAGAUGAAAUAAUGAAUGAAUUUGCUGAUGUAUUUGAAGGAAGGUAUAGGGUGUCUUCCAGUUACAAGAUUAAGCUCAAGGAUGAUGCUAACCCUGUUAUACAUCCUGCAAGAACAUUUCCUGUGAGUCUGAGCGAAAGGCUAGAUAAGGAGCUCAAUCGGUUGACCAAGCUGGGAAUUGUAAAGAAGAUAGAAGAACCAACCGAGUGGGUAAAUUCCCUUGUUAUUGUAGAAAAGCCAAAUGGAGACCUAAGGCUUUGCUUGGAUCCAAAAGAUCUAAAUCAGUGCAACAUCAGCGAGCACUAUCGCAUUCCAACAAGAAGAUUCUGGCAAAUUCCCUUAGAUGAAGAAAGUUCUAAGCUCUGCACAUUUAACACACCCAAUGGCAGAUACUGCUUCUCAAGGGUACCAUUUGGAAUUUCCAGCCCUCCUGAAGUUUUCCAUCGUACUAUUGCUCAGUUGUUUGAAGGCAUGGACGGUGUUACAUCAAUUCAUGAUGAUAUAUUAGUAUGGGGAAACACAGUAAGUGAGCAUGAUGAACGAUUGCGUAAGACCCUAUCUAAGGCACAGGGAGUUGGGUUGAAACUCAAUGUAAAUAAGUGUCGUUUCAGAGUCAAGGAACUGACUUUCCUGGGUGACAAGAUCACUACAGAAAGAGUCCAACCUGAUCCUGACAAGGUAAAUGCUAUACAAGACAUGCCCCAACCCACAUGUAAAGUCGAGCUACAGAGAUACUUCGGAAUGGUAAACUACUUAGACAAGUUUGUACCAAAUCUAUCUGCCAAGACGGUAGCCCUUAGAAGCUUAUAG